CCACGGCGGCAUCGGAGCAGCGGCGGCCGGCGGGAGGCGGCGGAGGGCCGCGGCCGCGCCCUGCUCCUGCCGCGACGGCCAGCGAGAGGCAGCGGAGGGCCUCGGCCGCGCCCUGCUCCUGCCGCGACGGCCGGCGAGAGGCGGCGCAGGGCCUCAGUCGCGCUCUGCUCCAAUCGCGGUGGCCACCAGCCCACACCACGAGGCGGCGCGGGGCCGCAGCUGCGGCCGCGCCUGCCCGAGCCGCGGGGGCCGGCGAGAGGCGCGCAGGGCCGCGUCCGCGCCUGCUCUAGCCGUGGCGUCCCGCAAUCGAUGGUGACGCGAGUCGCGACCAUGGCUGCUCGAGGCGUCGCAGGAUGCAGGGCAGGGGCGGCUCCUGAUGCAGGACGACGGGGAGGCUGCAUCACGCGGAAGGGAAGGGUGAGAUGAUUUGGCUGACGCAUAGACCCCACCCUAAGGGCAGCUAACGGAUAACGUUCUAUUUCUCUUCCAUCCGUCCAACCAAACGCAGAACAGAACCACUCCAUUCUCCAACCAAACAUUAUAUAUGGAGCCAUCUCAUUCCUAGAACCUGAAAUGGAUCCACUCCAUCCUAUCUCGCUCUCCCCCCAAACACUACCUGGGCCUCCCUCAGUUCCACGUCGUCUCAUUUCCACUCAUCCCCCACCCCACCCCGACGGGCGCGGCCCGUACGGCGACACAGGAGUCAUGGCGCCCGAGAAACCCGGCGGCCCCAAGCUCCGCCCAGUGGAUGGAGAAGGGGCAAGACGUCGGCAAGAGUUGAUUCCUGGAGGAGAGGGUAGGCUUGUAGCAGCAGAUGCGCCUCUCCGCGGAUUCUUUGGUGCAGGAGGUGGGGAAUGCAAAGGUGUGCUAGUGAAGGUUGCUUCAUCUUCUUCAGCAGCUGUUCGUCAAGAGAGCCGCACUUCAUCCGUUGUGUCGUUGCAGAGGGUUGCUGCCGGAGAUCCGCCUCUCCCCAGCUUGCUUGGUCCGGACGGUGGAGACUCGGAUGCUGCGGUCGUCAAGGUUACUUCAUCUUCUUCAGCAGAUGUUCGUCCGGGGAGACCAAUUUCAUCAGUCCACUUGUUGCAGAGCUUGAAUUCUUGCAGCGGUAAAGGGAAUAAUGAUUUUUCAUGGGUGGAGGGCAUGCUAACUGAGGAUAUAAGCAGAGUCACACUGAUAGAGCCAAAUGCUGCACUUGAUUUGAAUGUCUCUUGUGGCAGUGAAUCAAGCAACCAAUGGACUGGAGUGAGUGAAAUUGUACAUCGGGGGGUGUUGUCUGGGGUACCAGGAUGUGCGCAUAAUAUUGGGGGUCAACCUGGCAGAGAAGCUUGCGAAUCCAUUGAUUGUGGAGUGAAUAGUGAGAGCAACAGAGGGAGAUGGAGGCCACAAGAUGUUUGUUCAGCUAUCAAAGAAUGUUCCAGAGAUGGUCCUUUGAGGGAAAAUAUUAAUCCUGAAGUAUCAAAGAAACUGGAUUUCAAUCCUGUAGUAGCAGCGUGCAACGGGGGAGUAAAAUCAGCAGCACAGGAUAUAAUUGUAGUAGCAGAUGCGAGUGCGGUUGGGGAAACCGGGUAUUGCCGAGAUAUGUUGGACUUAAAAAUGUUAUUCCUGACGACAAUGGGUCGGGUGAGUUGGUUGCGGAGUGCUCAGUGCAGAAAGACGCAAGUAUCUCGAUCGCAGCAGUGCAAUCUGCUGUGUCUGGUCACAAACAGCUUGCGUGGAAAAGAAGGAACACAACAAGUGGUGGCCCGGACUAUAGGGUUCCUGUCCCUGGGAAGGCCAGUGCGCUGCAACAAGCAUUGAUGAAGUUUGCGGACCGUACAAGUGAUUACAUAAUAAACCCAACAAUUGGGACAGAGUUUGAUCACUGUGAUGAGGCUUAUGAAUACUACAACUUGUAUUCAUGGGAAUGUGGUUUUGGGAUACGUUGGGGUAAGAAGCGGUGGUCUGAGAAAAAAAGGAAAUGAGAUGGAGUGGAAACAACGCCAUACCAGCUAGCCCAGGAAUUUUAUUGCAGUUGUCGGGGUCAUCCAGAAGCGAAUGUGAAGACAUGUUCAUCCAAAACAAAUUGUAGAGCAAUGCUCCGUUUGCAUCGCACAGAAGAUAAUGGAUGGGUUGUAGUUGAGCACAUUUCUGAGCAUAAUCAUCCGCUGUCUGAAACAUAUGGAGAGAAAAAGCAUUGGCCUUCGCAUCACCAUUUAGAUAAGUUCAGAAAAGAUCUUAUACGCAUGCUCCGAGAAAACAACAUUGGUAUUACCAAAUUGUAUAGUAUUCUAGGCAAUUUUUUUGGGUCAAUGCAGAAUGUGCCAGCCACUAAGAGAUGUUUGAAGACAGUGUCAUGGUGGGACUCCAGUACAGGCGCCGCAACAAGAUUAGUCAAGAGUCCUAGUUUGUUUUUAUUUUCUUUUUGUGUGGCUUAUCUAGUUUAUUUGAGUCGGUUUGUUACCAGGCGCGGUAGCUUAUAAACCGUGACCUGCAGUUAGUUGAGGAGAUUAGAUUGUAUCUCAGAUCGGUUCUUGGGUCCCUGCCUCCCUGGCGCGCAGAGAGCUUCAACCAUAGCUCCAGCGCGCCGGCAAGGUCCAGGGCCAAGGCCGGCCACUACCUUUGAAUAUAAUCUUCGUCGUGUUCCUUUCACCAAUUCC